CUGUUUAUCCGGAGAGUAGGUUCGGUCGCGCGUUAACCCCAACCGUGUAAGUAUAAGCAAGUAAGUACGAUUUUUUUUCCCCCGUACAGCUAGUUAGUUUUGCCGCGAACCGCACCGUUGCCAUCGCUUCGGCCGCAUAUACUCGUGCCGACUCCAAACCGUUUCGUCGGCUGCUGACCACACCGAUUAAGUGUUGUCUUGUCGGCGAAAUACUACAUUCAGUUGAACAACGCUAUUCGGCGGUCGCUUUGCAGACAAAUUGAAUUACUAACCUUAGUGCGUGAGUGCGUGUGAUUUUGUGCUUUGUUUCUAAUUUCGUUCGGUAUAGAUACCAGGGUCUUCCCCUGUAAGUUGGCCAUAACUUGGAUUCGAAUCGUAGAUUGUUUCAGAUUUUUUUUACAACUACAUCAUACACAUCCAAAAUUAACUUCAUUUCGACGAUGGCACAAAUAUCAAAAAUUCAAGCCGUGUUUCAUGCAAUCUAUUGAAAGAUUGUAUAUAAAGAAAUGAUACCUAACGGAGUAAUGUACUUGGAGAAAAAAUGAGUUCUAUUUAACAAACUUAACUUGGUGAAGAAAUAUAUUUGGGUUGAGAAAGCGAACGGCCGAGGAGAAACGUUAAAGAACGGUGAUGUCCGACCACCAUCAAACGCAAGGGCAACACCAAAAGUUUAUCGCACUGCUGAUAUUGUGUUUUCUAGACUACGGCCAUGGCGACGCCAAAGAUAAACGAGAGAUAUACACGCCAAAGAAUAAAGGCGAACAACCCGGAUCUAGCAAUACAGAUUGGCAACAACUUUGGUAUUCGAGCUUCGACGAAUUUCAAAAACUUACCGAACCACUUUUGGACAACACAACGGAUACUAACCUGACCGUACCUCUUGGCAGCACCGCAUACUUGCACUGUCGCGUCAGGAAUUUGGGCGAGCGAACGAUAUCUUGGGUCCGCCGCAGGGACUGGCACAUACUGACGUCAGGUAUGUUUACCUACACUAACGACGAGAGGUUUACAGUAUUGCACGCCGAGGGAUCCGAUGACUGGACCCUGCAAAUCAAAUACGUACAGAAAAGGGACAACGGCACGUACGAGUGUCAGAUAUCCACUGGAACUGGAAUAAUGUCUUCGUUUAUAAACUUACACAUAGUUGUACCAGAAGUUCACAUUGAUGGACCAAGUGAACUUCAUGUUGACACGGGAAGCAUAAUAAAUCUUCUUUGCAUUAUCGAAAAAAGUCCUCAGCCUCCACAGUAUGUAUUUUGGUAUCACGACCGAAAAAUGAUUAACUACGACAACAGCAGAGGAGGCAUAGUGGUAAAUGCUGAAAACGGUGGUCGUAGUACAAGCAGACUCACCAUUCACGACGUCAUUGAUACAGAUAGUGGCAAUUAUACAUGUCAAGCGGCCAAUGCUGAACCUGCCUCUGUAUAUGUUUUUGUUUCUGAAGGUGACACGAUGGCUGCAAUAUCACGCAGAAAAUCAACAGCUUCGGGCGUCGAAGUCAUGUUAUGGUUUGUCGCAUUGCCACUGUUGGUUAUAUCGGUUAGAUAAGUAACAACAGCUAUUAUUUUAUUAAGUGAUUUAACGAUUAACCAUUGAUUAUUACUAUAAUAAUAUUUACUUACGAUGUACUUGAUGAUGUGUAAAUAUUAUUACGAUUUGUAAUAAUUGUGAAAAUACUAUACUUAAUUAUUGUUCAGUAAUCUGUAUAAUAUGCCUAUUUAAGUACAUUGCAAUUGAAGGAUUUUGUUGCAAGAUACCUACGUUAAACUGUGAAUACCUAUACCCACAUAAUUGGAGCAUAAACUUUAUCCUAUUAUAAAUUAUUUAAUUAUUCACUUAAAACUCAUACUUGUCUGUAUGGUUACCAAUGUAAUUGUUUGGUGUAUGAAUAAUAUAUUAUUAUUUGUAAAUUCAUUUAACGAAUGUAUAAUUAUUUAGUGAUGCAAUUAAGGUAAUGUACAGGGUUCCAAAAUGCUACAGCAUUUCAAAUUUUAAUUUAUAUAAAAUGCAUAUACCUAACUUUCUUAAAAAAUAACAAAAAUAUUCUAGAGUGCUAUUCAGAUGAUAACGUACCAAAUACAUUUUCAUCUAUAUCAAAUAUAUAUAUUAUAAUAUUCAAACGUUAUGUCUUCGUAGAGGGAAAUUUAAAUAAAAUGUUAUAGAUAUUUAAAUUAAUAUUAUGUUACCUUAGUAAAAUAUUUCACGUAGGCAAAAUGUGUUGUUAUAACCUAAUAUCUAGUAAACUAUCUAAAUAGGCAUUUCCCUUACUAAACAAAUUAAAAUAUGUAGGGUGAAGGAAGGUAUUUUCGUGGCAUAAGCAAUGUCGUGAUAUAGUUUGUUUGAUCGUAUCGCGUAAUUCCCUAUAAGAAAAUUGUCUUGAA